CCACUGGUGCCGUAAAGCGCUCCGCCUGGUGUCGCAAUGGUGAUUGCAGUGACAGCACUUUCCGGCAGCAGGGAAAUCGAGGAGAAAGCACUGACAAACGUCGCAAGGGAAACCCUAUAUUUCCCCGGUAAUCGUCGGAGUUACAGGCGGCUCGGCAAAGCAACUUUUAUCUCGAGUGUAGAUGUUUUUACGUGGUGAAUGAAAUCACAUUUGACGUCUUUUCAAGCGUGAAUCUCCACCUUAAUGCGGUGGGAUGGCUACAGUGCCGACCGGGCCUAACAGUUCAUUGCCUGCAUCCCCGGCUAAAAUUACUCCUCUACCCGGGGAUCGGAGCCUGGGUCCGGGGGCGGACGCGUGCGGCUGUGGCGCGGUGGAUUUGACCAUCGGGGAAGAUCAGGGGAGGGAGUCGCAGGUCACUGCGGUCAAACGGUCGAUCCAGAAAAAGCAGAAAAACAUGCUAGCCCACGCUAGCCCGUCAGCGCUGCACCUCAAAGUGCAACACCCGGAGCAGCAGCAGAUGAACGGCUUGGUGAGCCCCGCGGGGCCCGCUGACACCCACAGCCCACACGAACACGUAGAUAACCGACCUGACAACCCGAGGCCGUCCGUAGAAAACUGUGACAGCUGCGACGAAGGUACCUCGAGCUACGACAACAUCCCCGAGCUCUGCCAACACGAAGGCCACAGCCCCUUUUCAAAUAACAGCAGCCACCCCCUCUUGAAAAACAGUAGUAUGAAUGGGAUGCCUUCCAUCACCCGAACCGGAGCCUGCCCAAACCUCCCUAAGACGAUAGAUGCCCCCGGGAUUCAGAGGAACGAAGGAGAAGACUGCCACCCUUCGACCCCUGGGCCGUCGGGGGACGGGGACGGAGACUACCUGGAGGAUGGGACCUGUCCCGGGGAUGGCUCGUCGAGCGAGCCGCCCGUGGCAGAGCUGGCCCGGCUCGAUCUGAAAGGGCCACCGUGCACGGCGAUCGAAGACAACCACGGGAUUAAUUACGUCCGUUACGAGUCCGAGUUACAAAUGCCAUGGAUCAUGAGGCUUAUCACCAAGGACUUGUCAGAGCCUUAUUCCAUUUAUACAUACAGGUACUUCAUCCACAACUGGCCGCAGCUUUGUUUUCUGGCCAUGGUGGAGCAAGAGUGUGUUGGCGCCAUCGUUUGUAAACUGGACAUGCACAAGAAGAUGUUCCGUCGCGGCUACAUCGCCAUGCUGGCGGUGGAUUCCAAACACCGGAGGAAAAGCAUCGGUACCAACCUGGUGAAGAAGGCCAUCUACGCCAUGGUGGAGGGGGACUGCGACGAGGUCGUCCUGGAGACGGAGAUCACCAACAAGUCUGCGCUGAAGCUGUACGAGAACCUGGGCUUUGUCCGGGACAAGCGGCUGUUCAGGUACUACCUGAACGGCGUGGACGCACUGCGGCUCAAACUGUGGCUCCGCUAGACGGACGCCGAGAGGGGGAGAGAGAGAGAGAGGGGGGACGGACAGCGGGCACCGCUCUUUGUACUGCCUCUCGCCAGCCGCCCCUCGAAAACCGCGCCCCCACCCGUUCACGUUUAGAACACACCUACACGCUAGCCCCUCCCGCAUACGGACACACACACACGCAUACACAUACACACAUACACAUACUCGCGCAACCAUACACUCUACACCAUACAUGUACCUGCAAACAGACAGGAAUACUAUGCACAUAGGUAUGCAUAGUUACACGCGCAAGACACACACACACACACACACACAUGCUCCCCCCCCUCCCCCCGGCUGAAUUCUUUGUGAACUCGAACUUGUCUGGCGGCCGAUCGGAUGGAGAUCACACGAACGCUUUUUGCCAGAACCGCCCACCGUACAUCGGCCCUCCCUACCCCGACCCCCCCUAAAUAGUUUUUGAACCUUUUAAAAAAUACAAAAAGGAGAAAAAGGAAGGGGGGGGUCAAGUUAAAGGGGGUCUGUGACCCAGCCAGGACGGGAUAGAUCCUAUAUCACUACAUGACCUGUGACCCGGAAGAGGAAGUUGGGUGUGUCUGUGUCUGUGUCUGUGUCUGUGUGCGUGUGUGUGUGCGUGUGUGUGUGUGUGUGUGUUUCUGGCACCUUGGGUCUGGAGCGUACAGGACUGGAAGCUGGGGGGAGGGGGGGAAGGGAGGGGAGGGGAGGUUCGGCCAAGCUGUGCAACGCCAGAGUCGAACAAACGUCGAAGAAUGGGGAAUGAAUUCAGUAACGACAUCCAGAACACGCAAGGAAGAGGUGGAGGGUAAAAUGGCGGACUCAGAAUAAAAUAUUUGGAGUUUAUUUUCUGUUGUUUGUUUCGUUUUCUUUUUUCUUUUUUAACCUUGUCCGUUUUAGAUGGGUGACUGAAAAGCAUUAGUGUGCGGGAUUGUUAUGUUUAUGCCUGUGUGUGUGUGUGUGUGUGUGUGUGUGUGUGUGUGUGUGUGUGUGUGUGUGUGUGUGUGUGUGUUUAUCCAUUGUUUUGUUUUUUAAAGAAAGUGUUAACCUGUUGCAGUAUGCAUCUGUAAUGCGUCACGUGGUUGGCAACACUCUGUGUCCCGGUGAGUAUGAGGGUCUAUGUAUGUAGAUACGUGCGUGAGUGUGCGUGCAUGCUGGGGUGACUUAACUUUCUCAGUGUAUUUCCCAGCCCCCCCAUCUCCCCGUAUGAUUUCCUAGCUUGUGUUAAACGAGUGCAGCUGUCGCUUGACGGGCUUGGGUUAGGUUGGGGGGGGGGGGGGGGGUUUGUUGGUCAUGUGAUCCCGGCCGAACGCGCUCAUGCCAGUAAAGAUAUGCAUGCAUCUAUUUGAACGGUGGGAGAGUGGAUGACUUAAGGGGAAGUAUCUACAUAUGUUUUAAUGUACACAAAGGACAACAAACGCAGCCCUGAGUCGCGUGUGUGCGUGUGUGUGUGUGUGUGUGUGUGUGUGUGUGUGUGUGUGUGUGUGUGUGUGUGUGUGUGUGUGUGUGUGUGUGUGUGUGUGUGUUGCUCUGGCUUCGCCUGACUCUGCGGUGGCGUCCUGCUCAUAUUGUCUCUCAGUAAGCCCCCUCCGGUCUCUAA